UGAAGGAUUUUGUGGCGUGUUCAAUUCAUGAUUUAGAACCGAACCAUACAAAAUAUAAAAGCACUGAGGCGCCACCGUACUCAUAUGUUGACAACUAAAAACAUAGUGUCAAGUUGUGUUUCGUGAAUGUAAAAUAUUAUCUUUUUUAUUGUUUUAUAUUUUCGCAGAAUAAAAAAUAAGUAUUCGUGUAUGUGUAUCGAAGCGUGUGCAAGAUGUUUGAAAUGAUGAAAGUUUGAAAACCGUUGAUUACUCGUCAUUACUCGUUUUAGAAAUAAAUUGCGUUGACUAUAACAAACAAUUUUCGUAUCGUAAGAAAAAAAGUAAACAUUUUACGAAAUUUAUUGUUUCUGAGGUUUCAUUAUUAGAUGAAAUUCAUAGAAUAAUUAGUUCCAUGAUUCGACAUACUGUAAUUAUUCGCUGUAAGCUUAAGUCAGAAUAAUCAGCAUGGCGCAAGAAGCAGUAGACAAAUUAUUUCGAGAAGAUUUUGAUGCUGGUCCUUCUAGUUAUGAUGAAAUUAUUCCUGGUUUAUUUCUUGGAAAUCUCACAGCUGCCACAGAUGUCGAAUGGCUGAAAGAAUCAAAAAUAAACUACAUACUUACAGUGGAUUCUUGUCCGUUACCUCGAAAGAUUCAAGAGCUUUUGCCAAAUUUAACUAUAAAAUACAUACAAGUUACAGACAUGCCACGCGAGGAUCUUUUGACUCAUUUUGGUGAUUCUUAUGAAUUUAUAGACCAUGCCCUAGAAUCAAAUAACAAAAUAUUGGUGCAUUGCUAUUUUGGUGUCUCCAGAUCUGCUACAUUGGUAGUUGCAUAUUUGAUGAAAAAAUACGGAAAGAGUUUCUCCGAUACGUUUGAUAUGGUAAAAGAAAAGCGACGCUUUAUCGGACCUAAUGCCGGAUUCUUAGCUCAGCUAAAACUAUAUGAAGAAAUGAGUUACGGAAUAGACAAUACUAGCGUCCAUUUUAAGAUGUAUAAGCUACAAAUCGCAGCAGACAAAGUUCGAAAAGCAAAAAUUUUACCGCAAACCUGCGCAGAAUUAAUAAAACCAGAUCCAGCUCUGGCUACGGUACGUCCAGAGCCCACGGUCUACCGUUGCAAAAAAUGCCGGAGAAUCGUGGCUAGCGCUAGUAAUAUUUUACCGCAUAUGCCGAAGGAGAAACAAAUUUGGAGACAUGUAAGUACAAAGAGAACAUCUAAACAAUCAAAACCUUCGCACGAGCCUGUGGAUCCGCAGAAGAAACAAGAGCAACAACCCACAGAAUUUUGUACAAAAAUAUUAUUUGUCGAACCAUUGGCUUGGAUGCCCGAUAUAACGCAUAAUCUCGAGGGAAAGCUAAAUUGUCCAAAAUGCAGUACAAAGCUGGGCUCUUUUAGUUGGAUUGCAGGCAGUCAAUGUCCAUGCGGUAGCAAAAUAGCACCUGCGUUUUAUUUGGUUCCUUCGAAAGUGGACUGGAGCAAUGCUGUACAAAAUGUACAAGUAACUGUAUAGUACUAGGGAUGUAUUUGUAUAUUUAAGAAUUUUUGGACGGACGAUUAACAUACAAAAGAACACAUUUUUGGAGACUUUUUACGUGGUUGUAGCUCGUCUAGUACUGUAACGGACACGAACAUGACCAAUAGUAUAUAUCUAUAAAAUUCGUAUUCUAAUUUUGUGCCAACGUUCACGUUCUAUAUGUGUGCAAUUAAUCAAACUUGUUUUAUGACUGUAAUUUUAGAUGUUUCUUGCCGCAACAAGCGAACGUCCCGUUCUUCCGUAAUUCAAUGUUUGUAUUUAUAUACAUCUUCCGUUUUUUACUAUCAACAUACAUAUAACGUUAUAGCUUCGUAGACUAGAGUAUCGUUUUCUGUAUAUAUAUUUCUUGUAUCAAUAACAUAAUAUAUAUACGAUUUUUAUCAUU